AUGACGGUGGCCGACCGCCGGAGCACCGCCGCCAACCACCGUCAACCACCGUGCCGGUCUCCGGAAGUUGCCGGAAAAUCGCCGUCCGCCGCCGUACGUCGCCGGAGCUCUGCCGUACCGGCCGCCGGUGAUCCGGCGUUGACCGCCGCUACUACUGCUAACACAUUUGAUGACAUGCAUGAUUUGGAGUUGGAGAGACAACUAAAUCUCAUUAACAAAUCUCCUGUCAAGAGUAUUCAAACAAUUUCAGGAUACAUAGUUGAUUGUGUUGAUAUUAAUAAUCAACCAGCUUUUAGUCAUCCUUUGCUAACGAAACAUAAAUUACAGAGAAAACCAAGUUUUGAAAAGCAGAAUAGUGAAACAAGUGUAAAUAUUUCGUCAACCAAACCCAUUCACGUGCUUGAGAAAGUUAAUUGUCCAAAAGAAACCGUGCCAAUUCGAAGGAUAACCAAAGAUGAUCUUAAUCGAGAAAAAUCCAUAUUCAAUGACCAUUUCUUAACUCAAAAUAACAUCCAUACUUAUGUAAGUUUUUAUGCUGAAUUGUUUGCAAUAGCUCUGGAUGGUCCUUACUAUGGAGUUAGUGGAACUACUAGUAUUUAUAAUCCAAAAGUUGUCGACGGCCAAACAAGUGGAAGUCAUAUAUAUGUUGAAAAUGGAAAGGGAGAUGGUAACAAUAAAAUUACUGUUGGAUGGCAUGUAUCUCCGCAAUUAUACAAAAAUGGUGCAACUCAUUUCUACUCAACAUGGACGUCACAAAAUUACAAGAAUGGAUGCUACAAUAUGUUGUGCCCAGGUUUUGUUCAGACCAACCGUGCAUAUUACCUUGGUUCAAGCAUAUCAAAUACAUCAUCAACCUCUAGUAGAACCAAAGUUGAGAUGCCCAUUUCUCUUUUACAGGUCAUCUCUUUACUUCAAAUUUAA